AUGGAUGGGAGAAAGAGAGCGAUCCGUUUGGAUGCUACAUUCGGCCCUACUGCAUCACAAGAUGACGUCUAUGAUUCUUCUAUCAGAGACCUUGUACACGCAGUUCUAGAUGGCUACAACUCAUGCAUCUUCGCCUACGGCCCGACAGGCUCCGGGAAGACUUACACAGUAUUCGGUUCUCCCGAGGGCAGUGCUCAUGUCGGACUACACGAGCGGAUUAUGAGAGAUUUAUUCAGUACCAGAGAAGGUCAAGGGGGGCAUCACAUGCUGAUUGCGAUGUCUAUGGUUGAAAUCUACAACGAAUGUAUCUACGAUCUUCUCGCUCCAGGAAAGCCUGCGAUAGUGAAGGCUCUCUCGGGACAUCAACUUCGGGAAGGGAAUGAUAACAUUAUUGUCGAGGGUCUCACAGAACUGUCUCUUGAAAGUCUGAACGACGCUCUGAAGGCUCUCCAAGCGGCGGUGGCAACUCGUCGAACAUCAUCGACUAAUAUCAAUUCGCAUAGUUCGAGGAGUCACUGUGUUGUCACGCUGAGAACGAGUCUGCCAUGCCCAUGUACAGCCACUUGUCGUCACGGGAAACUCAAUCUCAUCGAUCUGGCCGGUAGCGAAAAUGUUGGUCGGAGUGGCGCUAAGGGGAGUACAUUAAGGGAAGCCCAGAUGAUCAACAAAUCUCUGAGUACUCUGGUCAGUAUCGUUGGUCUCACUUGUCAGUCGAAAACACAUGUCCCUUAUCGUAAUUCCAAGCUCACCCUCAUGCUCAAGGAUUCGCUUGGUGGCAGCGCCAAAGUACUCAUGAUAGCACACGUAUCGCCUUGCAUCACAGAUGUCUCACAGACUUUGUCAACACUGAAGUUUGCAUCGAGAGCGCGGAUGGUUGAGCUCGGCCCGGCCAACCGGAGUAUGCCAACUUGGCAUUGCCAAGCUAACGUAUCUUUAUAUGACUUCAUAGUCCUGCAACAAUGUGGCAAAAGAAG